UUUAUGAUCACUAUAAUGGAAGUAAUUCUUUGUAUUUAUAAUCACCAAAAUCCUAUUUUUUUAGUUGUUACAAAAUUAAUCAUUUUCUGAUUUUCAUUAUGAAUGUAACCAAAUAUAUGUAAAUUUAAUGCGAGUACAGAAAUUAGACAAAAUGUUCGAGCAUCCCACAAUUGUGCUCGAAAUUUUUAAGAGGAUGCAACAAUAAUUCGAACUCCGCUACCAAUCCCAAGGACAUGUCAUUACUGUAGCGCACGUCUAUUUCACCAUGAGACGUUCGAGAUGUGCUGUAAUGGGGAAAAAGUCUCUCUUUCCUGAGUAAAUGCUCCUCAGGAAUUGCUUGAAAUCUUCCUGGACCCCUCUGCAGAAGGAAACCAUUUUAGAAAACAUAUUCGUGGAUACAAUCAUGUAUUUUCCUUCACUUCGUGUGGUGUGUACAUAGACGAACAACUAGCUAUAACAGGUCGUGGUAUAUAUACAUUUCGUGCUUAAGGCUCAAUAUAUCACAGUAUAGGGGGAUUUUAUCUGGAUCAGGGCAUGCGACCACGUUUUUUGCAACUGUACAUAUAUGAUACUGAGCACGAGUUGCAGAAUAGGAUGCUGGAGAACACACAACUACAUGAAACAUUGGUUUUCAAGUUACAACAAUUGCUACACCGGUAUAAUCCUUUUCUCCAUGUAUUUCGCCAGCUUGCACAACGGUCAGAUGUACAUGAGUGUAGUUUGGUCAUUAGAGAGCGACCUGCUAAUCAGCCACAAUAUAGUCUUCCAACUGCGUCGCAGGUAGCAGCUAUAAUUGUUGGUGAUGACAUUGAAACAAUGAUUCGUGGAUGAGAUAUUAAGGUGCAAACUCAUACUGGUAGCCUACGAAGGAUUCAGAAAUUCGUUGGCUAUUACGAUCCACUACAAUAUCCUCUUCUUUUUCCAUUUGGAACUCAUGGAUGGGAUAUCAAUACUCGAAGUCAAAGUGGUGGCAAAGUAUCAUGCCGAACAUAUAAUAGCUAUAUGCUCCAGGUACAAAUCCCUAUUUCCUACGCAGUAUAGACUUCAAUAAAAUUCUGCCAAAAAAUUGUUCAAUGUAUCUAAUCUUUUUUGCAAAUUCUUAAAAAUUUGUAGAUCCGUCCCGAUGAUCAUUCUACCGUAUUGCAAGCAGGGCGACUACUACAACAAUAUGUUGUUGAUAACUAUGUAAAAAUUGAAACUGAAAAGUUAAGAUGGGUUCAAACUAGACAGAAGAAAUUACAGGCUGAAUUAUACCAAGGCUUACAAGAUGCCUUGCACACAGGAGAAACCAAUGUAGGUAAAUAUUGUUGUAUCUAAUUGCUACUUCGUAAAUCAUUAAGAAUUACCCAAAAUAAUUAUUAAAACUAUUUUUAUUGCUCUCUAUAUUUGUAUCCAGAAAAUGUUGGAAGAAAAAGAACAAUAUUACCAUCGUCGUUCAUUGGUAGCCAUCGCGACAUGACCCAACGAUAUGAAGAUGGAAUGACGAUUGUUCUUAAAGAGGGCAAGCCAGAUAUUUUUCUCACAAUGACAUGCAAUCCAUCUUGGACUGAAAUAACUUCAGAACUCAACCCAGUUCAAACUCCACAAGAUCGUCCAAAUCUAACAACAAGAAUUUUUCGAGCCAAAUUUGAACAGCUGAAAGAGGAUGUAAUUACUAAGGGUGUCUUGGAAAAGGUGAAGAGCUAUAUUUAUGUCACUGAGUUUCAAAAAAGAGGGUUGCCACAUGUACAUAUAUUACUAAUCUUAGAAAACAAUGACAAGUUAAUUGACCCGGAACAUUAUGAUAGUUUGGUACGUGCAGAGAUACCAUCUAAAGAAGUAGAACCACACCUAUAUGAUGCAGUGCUAAAACAUAUGAUUCAUGGUCCUUGCGAAACACUUAAUCAAUCUUCACCCUGUAUGAAAAAUAGCCAAUAUAAACGCAACUACCCAAAAGAGUUCGCAGCAGAAACACGAAGAGGUGACAACUCAUAUCCGCAAUAUAAGUGACGAUUCGACACACCAGUACCAAUUAACCAAAAUAUCACAGUUGACAAUAGCUGGGUAGUUCCGUACAACCCAUGGCUACUACUAAAGUAUGAUUGCCAUAUUAAUGUUGAGAUAUGUAGUAGUAUCAAGAGUAUAAAGUAUCUCUACAAGUAUUGCUACAAGGGUCCAGACUGGGUUGCAAUGGAAGUUCACAACGGUUCUAAUGUUGAUGAGGUCCAACAGUUUGUUGAUGCAAGAUGGAUCACUGCUCCAGAGGCAUGUUGGAGAAUAUUUAAAUUUAACCUUUACCGAAUGUAUCCAUCAGUGGAAAGGUUACAAAUUCAUUUGCCAAAUCAACAUCAAGUGAGCUUCUAUGAUCACCAAACCAUUCCUGAAAUACUUAAUGAUGAUUAUUUCUCUAGAAUAAUGCUCACUGAAUUCUUUGCCCUAAAUCGUUAGGAGGACCAACAAUCUAGGCAUCUUCUGUACAGAAAAAUUUCAGAGUAUUACGCUUGACACAACAAGGAAAAGGAAUGGCGUCAACGCAAGACACAAAGGAGAUCCAUCGGUCGAAUUUAUACUGUAUCACCUUCAGAAGGAGAAAAAUUCUAUUUGCGUAUUCUGUUAUCUAAUGUCAGAGGACCAAUCAGUUGGGAUGACUUGCUAACAAUGAAUGGGGUCCAAUAUUCGUCCUUCAAGCAAUCUGCUCAACACCGAGGAUUGUUAGAGAGUGACAGUAGCGUCUGUGCGUGUUUGGUUGAGGCUUCUGUUUUACGAUUGCCAUGUGCUUUACGAAGGUUGUUUGCAACCAUCUUGAUAUUUUGUGAGCCUACAGAUGUAAGAAGCGUAUGAGAUGGAUUUUUUUCAUAUAUGGUGGAUGAUUAUCCGUCAACCAGCACUACAACAGCCUUAGUGUUCACAAAUCGGCUACUCGGGGAUAUAAAUGAUAUACUCCUUCAGCAUAGAAAACAGAUUACACAAUACGAUUUGCCAGCUCUAACUCAUGAAAAUGACAAUGAAAACUCGAUACUCAGAGUUAUCCAAGAAGAACUGUCAAUCGAAGUACCCCAGAAAGACCUGUGUUCCAUAGAAAGAUUGAACAAUGACCAAUCUAAAGCUUUCAAGUGCAUUAUGAAUACAAUUGAUCGAAGAGAAAGUGGAGUGUUCUUUAUUGAUGGGCCAGGAGGAGCAGGCAAAACAUUUCUUUACAGAGCUAUAAUUGCAGAAUUGAGAAAUAAGGGUCAUAUUGUCUUGGUAACUGCAUCAUCAGGAAUAGCUGCAACAUUAUUGCCUGGGGGUCGAACAGCUCAUUCUAGGUUUAAGAUCCCAAUUAAUGCAGAACCAUCAUCCAUUUGCAACAUAAGCAAACAAUCAGAUCUUGCAAAGCUAAUUAGACAAACAACGGCAAUCAUCUGGGAUGAAGCACUAAUGGCAAAUAAAGAAUCAGUGCAAUCAUUAGACCGCACUCUAAGAGACAUAUUAGCAAACGGUAUGCCAUUUGGUGGAAAAGUAAUGGUGAUGGGAGGAGAUUUCCACCAAGUACCGCCUGUCGUACCAAAAGGCAGUAAGUCACAAAUAAUUUCAGCUUCUAUAGUUAAGUCUCAUUUAUGAGCUUCCACUAAAAUUCUCCAUUUGCGACAAAAUAUGCGAUCUUCUAAUGAUCAUGUUUUUGCUGAGUAUCUUAUGCGCAUUGGUGAUGGUCUGAUGGAAUUGAGCCCACCAUACAUGAAGACUUUGUACGGAUACAAGCAAAUAUGGCAAUUUCGUGGGAGGGUAAAACAUCGUUACACAAGUUAAUAGAAGAAAUAUUUUCAAACUUACAAUUUCAUGGGUGGAACCCUUCUUACAUGGUAGAAAGGGCAAUAUUGACGCCAACAAAUCAGGAUGUGCAACAGCUUAAUGAUAUAAUUAUCAACCAGUUUCCAGGAGAAGAACAAAAUUUAGUCUUAUUUGAUGAGGUAGAAGGAGAUGCUAAUAAUUUAUAUCAACAAGAAUACCUUAACUCAGUUUCUACAAGCGGGUUGUCACCUCAUGUGUUGAAGGUGAAAAAAGGGGCACUUUAUUAAGAAACAUAGACCCUAAGGCUGGCUUAUGCAAUGGUACAAGGUUACUAUGUCGUGGAACUUUUCAAAACAUGUUGGAUGUAGAAAUUUUAACCGGCCAUCACUGUGGAAGAAGAGCUUCCUUGCCUCGGAUAAAACACAAAACCACAGAGAAUUUAGGACUGCCUUUUAUACUUAUCCGGAAGCAAUUUCCUGUAAGGUUGAGUUUUGCAAUAACAAUAAAUAAAUCACAAGGACACACCAUUCCUAAAGUAGGGAUCUAUCUCCUUAAACAUGUGUUUAG